GUUCGACUCUAACAACGUCGAUUCAGAUAUUCCUCUCAUCAAAAAUCAAAAACCAAUUUAAUAGGAACCAGUGAUAGGUGGAGAACUCAAAUUGGAAUAUCAGAUUUUGGGGCGUUCAUCUCAUAAAUAUUUUUAACGAAACUCGAGCGAGAAGUUAGGACGAUUCUAAAUGCAUAUGCAUAUUCAGCACGUCUCGAAGAAACUUGAACUUCUAUUCUCAGACGAAGCAAGAGACAAUUCAAAAAAUGGCUCCUGCUCUUCUUGAUUGCGGUCGUUCUAUUUCGCCUCUUUCUUCAACUCCCAAACGUGGCGGCAGGACCUCCGCCUCUACAGGAGUAACCCCAAAAAAUACUCAGACCUACCCAAAAACAACUUUUAGAACAAAUACUACCCAGUAUAAUUGCAACAAGAACGGCACAAAGAAGUCUUUGUCCGAGACCACUUCUUCGGCCCACAAAAGUGGUGGAUCAACACCCUCUUCAUCUACCCAUUCGAGAAAUUUCCUUGCCAAAGUAGCCCUUUAUUGCGCAACCAGCUCGUUCAGUGGUUUAGGUUUUUUAUCACCUGCUCUCGACCCGUAUUCAUCAUCGCUUUCAACUAGGAAUUAUCAUACAGGCGGUGUAGGAGGUGUCACCGCUCUCACCGUUGCUAAGACCAAAUUACAAGUAGUAGGAGACGGCCACGAGCACGACCCGGAACGCGAAGACGACCCACCGUUAGCCCGCAGUACCACCGUGCGUUCGGGAGCCAGCGGCUUUUCUCUGCUAAACUUCUUCCAGGGCAUUGCCGGACGAGCCUCCUCCUCCUCAAGCUCCUCGACGUGGACGGCCACCACCACUGGGACGGCCACUAGUUCUACCCCUCGCGUCGAGGCAAACAACUCUAGCGAAGAGCAACUACAACCUCAGCAGGGCGGCCGCGGGGAACGGCACGAGCACCAGCUCCGCGGCGUGGGGCAUUUUCCCGGUGUGGAGCACCGGCGGGACGAGGAUUCCUCCAGCGAGGAGUAUAAUACCAGCGUCGAGCAGCACGAGUCGCAAGACCGUCGGGCAGGAGGCGCUCGACUUCCGAGGAGCGACCAGGCCACGCGUGUUCGUGGAGGAGCUACUUCAUCAUCUAGCAACAACGACCAGGGCGGACACGACGAGGAAGGCAGUGAAGGGAGCGAACAGAGUAGCGGUGAAAGCGGAGAAGAAGACCGGAAUUCGUCCGACGAACAAGACAACCAAAUGACCUCGAACAGUCUGAUGUCCGUGAAUCCUUUUGGGAACGUCCGCAUGCCGAUGAGCGCGGUGGUCGGUCCGAGGUUGUUGAAAAAGGUGGACCACGACAAGUUCCCGCAGAAAUCGGUGUAUGUGGACACCGAAGAGGAGCUGAAGGACGCGGACUGCGUCGUCCUGUACUUCUCCGCGCACUGGUGCCCCCCCUGCAGACAGUAUUGAAAAUGAAUCCGCUAUUCUGAUUCCUCCGCAUUAAGUAUUUUAUUUCGUGGUCCUGCUUAGCAAUGUCAAAGUCAAAGACCACUAGUGAGCUGUGCGUAGUCACGAUCGACGUUCUCAUACGUUUGUUCACGCACAUCAUUCAUCAGAAAAUUCGGGGCUGUAAAAAUAUUGGUUUUUAAGUUUUAGAUAAAUUAAUAUCAUUCCGGAGCGUGUGUGUCGGGAGCGGCGUCCCCCUGUCGGGUUGGAGCGGAUCCGGGACGGGCGCAACGCAGCGGCGGAUUUUCGGCGACAGGCGACGCCCGCGAAGACGGCAUUUUUGGACAGAGACCUCCCGGGGCAGCGUUUUUCGGACCAUACAGGUAGAGGGGGCGGCCGGUUUCGGACGACAGACACAACCAGUGGCGCAAUAUUUUUUCCAACACACACAUCCGGCGGGAAAAAUAUCCGUCGAUACAGGUUCUCCAGUAAUUAAUUAAUUUCUGAGAAACUGAGUUUCUGAGAAAUUAAUUAAUUCCUGGAGACCUGUGUGUCCGCUUCAGGUAGAAGGAGGUUGGGGCGGCGCCGGAUCCCUCGCUGCCCUCCACUGGAUUCCACCACAAGCUGGACGAGGGCAAAGUCGACGACGGCGCUGGCCGGCGCUCCUGGCUGCCAGGCGGUCCGCGAAGCUGCAAUAUCUUAUCUCCAUUAAUCAUUGUAGCCUAUACAUCGCAAAUCCGUAUCACCUAUGUGCCGCUUUUAGCGCGAAAACCAUGAGGCUGCGCUGGGUUUCGUUUGGUUGAUGGUUCGCUGGAGUAGAUGCCGCCGGUGUUGGUGGUCUGGCUGGUGCGCGCGCAAAGAUUUGGCGCGCUUCACCGUUGCGCCCACGCAUGUACUCGCUGAGCGCGCUUGAGGUUGCACUUGCGCCCGCAGUGACCCACCUGCGCGCGCGCGCAGCGCGCGCAGGAAGAUUAGCGUGCGCUACACAGCCCAACCUAGAAAAGUGAGGGCCUUUGCAGCCUUCACGCGCAAGCGUGUUUAUCGGUCCCCGGGCGCAGCCCCAGCAUCCCCGGCAGGGCGCCAGACUGGCGAGCGCAAGCGUGGCCCCGUCUUUGCGCGCGCGGGCGGGAGGGCGCAGGAAAAUGCCAGCCUGCGAUGGCGCGCAGCCCCAGCGGGGGCGCGCCGCCGUGCCUUGGCCGAUGACAGGCCCGGUGGGUGCGCCGCUUCAUGCUUUGGCCGGUUGCCUGGCUUUGAAGAUCAUUCAAGCCGCAGCCAAGCCAUCAGCCAACGCGCACGAACGUCGCCUGCUCGUCGCCAACUUGCCGAAAUCAGGGGCGAGCAGGAGAGCGGCUCGGCGCCGUUCCGACCUCCUUAUAGCGGAGCGCUACACAGAGGCGGUCCGGGAAUUAAUUAAUUUCUCAGAAACUGAGUUUCUGAGAAAUUAAUUAGUUCCCGGAUUGUGUGUAUUGGAGAAAAAUAAUUUGGGCAACAUCGUGUGUGAGGAAAAAAAUAUUUUUUGAUGGCUGUCCUGUGUGGGCCUGCAUGUGCCCAGGGUGUGUGUGUGUCUGCUAUCAGUUCUUGUUUAUGUUGAAGUUAAUUCGCGACCUGAUGCACAUGUGUGGCAAAUUUAAUUAACGCAAUAGAACACAUAUGCUUUUUUUAAUUUCUACAACCAUUGAAAACAAAAAUCAUAUACCAGGUCUGGGGACUUUCGCCGCUCCCGACACACACGCUCCGGAAUAAUAUUAAUUUAUCUAAAACUUAAAAACCAAUAUUUUUACAGUAUCGAAAAUUCUUACAAUACUGCUCAGAUUCACCCCCCGUUUGAUCGAGAAACACCUCCGAGCGCAUUUGCUUCGGAAAUCGGUGAAGUUCGUGUUUGCUUCCCUGGACAAUAGCCAGGCUGACUGGAACGAAUACUAUGGGCUGAUGCCGUGGCUCGCGUUGGAUUUCCCGACGAGCCAGCAGCGCACGAAGGUGUUAAUGCAGCAGCUGGGGCUGCGCGGCGUGCCGAGCGUGGUCUUGUACUGGAAAAACGGGAAGAUUGACGUGAACGGCCGCGAGCUGAUCACCCAGCCGGACUUUCUGCAGAGCGUGAAGAUGAUCGGUGCAGCCGGAGGGGCUUCUUCCUCCGCCUUCCUAGCGCAGUCCACGGACUCGGUCGCGUCCGGGCACACGACCAGCACGGUGCUGUCCCCCGUGAUCCAAACCAGCACUCGGUCGCGCAUCUCGCAGCUGGCCCAAACCGAGCAGAUCGACGCCGAAGUAAUUUUCACGGACCCGAAAGCGAUCGGGGAAGAGCUCGGGGAGAGCAUUUCCGAACCUUUCUCCAUCGAAGUGGACCCGAGCCAGACUGAGGAGGAGGCGCUCACGACCUUCCGCUACCAGUUGUUUUCGCUGACCAACAUCGAGCCCGAGCAGCAGCGCGUGUUCUUCGACGGGAUAGCCGCAGAGGGAGCGGCGUCCACCUCCUGCACGGUAGAUCCGGGGUUGUCGGACUUUUUUGCAAUCCUCGACCAAUUGAAGGAGGCGCAGCACCAGGGGAGGAAGGUGAAAGUUUACGUUUUGGGAAACUUCUCCGGCAGCGAAGACGACCCGUUUCAGUUCGCCGGCAAGGUGGUCGACCCAGACCUGCAAACCAAACAGCAGAUGCAGGCGAUGCUGCAGGCGAAGGCCGGGGCGCUGAACUUGGCCCCGCACAAGUGGAGCCGCGUGUUCGGCGAUGCGACGAAGGUCCGCGGGUACGAGGAUCGGGAAAUGCAGACCGCGUGCUUGCUACAGAUCCCGAUCCCGAAGCUGUACGAAACUGCACUGGAAAGGGCGAAGUCCGGCACCAUGGCCUUCGAUCAGGCGUUUCUGGACGUCUUAGUCAAGUGGUAUUCAUCAAUUUGAUGUUCACAAUGGGGUCAUGAUUCAUUGCAAUACCAUCGACAUCGGGGAACAAAUCAAUCUUUUGAAUUUAUCCAGUAUAACGUCAUGCCGAAUGCUGCUCCCGCGACGUAAGUGUGGCUUUGUACUAAUCAAGGGUAUAAGAAUGGGCAUACCUCCCUUAUCGCGGCAGUCUCACUCACACACAAGAAUUCCUUGAAUGUCGAAUCCAUCAUGUAAUAUCAAAAACUUAGGUUCAAGCACGAAUUUUUCUCGUGGCCUGCGGCGAAGCCCAAGUCGAUUCACGUUGAAAACGGAGUGUGCUCCGGCGUCGGCGGCUGCCGGUCAAAUGAAGCGGAGGCCAUUUUCGCGAGCCACAACACGGAACUUUAUCGUUGCGACACGACGGGCAAAGAGCAGCGCUUUCCGCGCUACAACAACGUCUUCAAACUGCUGCAGACCCGGCUCGGCCGGUGCGGCGAGUGGGCCAACUGCUUCGCGGCGAUGCUCCGGGCCGUGGGGUUCGAGACCCGCUACAUCGUGGAUUUUACCGACCACGUGUGGAACGAAGUGUGGCUGAAAAGUAGGGAAGAAUGGAUCCACGUGGACAGUUGCGAAGCCACGAUUGAUGCGCCGUUGCUCUAUGAGCAAGGUAUUGAUGAUUUUCCGCGAAAAAUAUACGACAAGUUUUUUUCUCUCUUUCCGAUCGCCUGGUCAUCAAUCUUGAAUCAAGGCCCACAUGACUAUGUUAUUGGUUAGCAAGCAGGAGAGGUGGAGGCUCGCUACAAUUCUUCGUAGCUCACUGUACUUAUGGUGGUCCCAACACGACCAAGAUCAGUGCAUUGUAUGCAAGCAUCAAAAUCUUUUCAAUAUAUUCAGGUUGGGGAAAGAAUCUGGAGUAUCUGUUCGCCUACGCGCGCGACCACUGCGAAGACGUCUCCAGGCGCUACACCAAGAAGGGUCUGCCCGCGCUGACGCGAAACUUUUUUGCCGAUGAGAACGAGGUGAAGCGACUCUUCACGGUGGUCCGGUCGCAUUGUGAGGACGAGGAUCUGGCGAGCCUCGACGGGGGCGACGACGUGAAGAACAAGCGGCGUGCGUUUUUGGACAAGCGCCGAACAGGGGAACAGAAACUGCUGGAAAAUUGCUUCGAAAAGUACAAUGCGGGCGAGAUCGACGCGAAAAACCUGAAUGCCCGCGAAUCGGGCGACCAGGCGUGGAGAAGAGGGCGCGGAGAGUUGGGGAAAACUAACUUUGGCGGCAGCCACGCAGAUACAAAAACCUUCGCGGACGAAGAACAAGAAAAGGAAGUAGCGAAAGUCAUCAUCUGGGACGGCCAGUUUUGCCAUGGAUUGCAGGUAUCUAUACGAUUUGGGGAGUGUCUGGAACUUGCACUUCACUGUUGACAGAAGUGAAGAUGCAAAAGUCUUAUUACCACUGGAGUUCUUGUUCUUCUAUUGAGUGUUUUUUUUGCAAAAUGAUUAUACAUAGUGUAAGUAGUAUAAGUAUUCAUCUGGUGUUGACUACUUCUGUAAAGAACCCCCGAAGAAGCUGAAUUUGAAAAAAUCCACUUUCAGCUAAUCUACCGCGACGUGCCCAGCUCCAAACACCCGCCGCGUUGGAACGGCGAUGCUGCGGACUGCAAGAGGAAGGAGAUCACGCUUGCGCCUGGCGAGAGGAUCGUCAAGGUUUGCGGCGGCGCCGGGGCGAUCGUGGAUCGACUGGAGAUUCACACCUCCGCGGGGCAGCAGAUCAGCGCUGGGGCGUCCACGGGCGGUGAGAAGUUUUGCUUCGAGGGCAAGGACAUUUGCGGCCUCUACGGGGGCUUCGGCGGCCACGUGCACAACAUCGGAGUGGUGUACAGAAAGGAACAAGAAAAAGAAGCAGCUCAAACGACGACCUCCACGGUCGACACAACAUCCGCGUCGAGCGCUUCCUCCACUUCUGCCACGGAGAAGGAGACUUUUACUAGCGGCGCGUCGAAGAACGACGGAGGAGCAGCAGCUUGCGCAUCUACAGCGACUUGCACGAGUGGCACCGCUGCCACUGGCGGAACAGUCAUACCACCGACCAACACUUCUAGCACCUCCACUAGCGGACAAGACGGCGACAUGGUGACGACCUGUACGCCGGAUGGCGUGUGCACCCGAGGAGCAGUGCGGAAGGAGGCGACGGCGACCUCCGCUGCAGCGUCCUUCGCCCCGCCGGCCAGGCCUACGUCCGGGGGACCGAGUCCGGAGCAACGGCAGCAGAUAAAAGACGAGAUCAAGCGACUUUUUAACUAUUACAUCAGCGAAGCCGGCGGGAAAAUGGAAAACCCUGAGGCCGCCGCCAGGGCGUUCAGGGAAGUUUCCGCGAAAAAACCGGCAGCUUAGGCUCUUGAAGCCGGAGUUGCUUCCACUGUGUCUGAAUAAACUACGCAGGCGACAACGUAAAUGAUGAAAGCACGAAGAUGUCUGACAUUGAUUUUGCCCCCCUUGUUUUACGACAACGACUACGACCACCGUGACAUUUUGCUCUUUUUUGCGGCUGCUAUGAUGCUCGAUCUGCUGUACUUAUUUUCAGCCAAAUAAGCAUCAACAAAGUUGCGUCGAGAGGCUUUGUUCUUAGGCACCUCGUGGAGAACAAAGAACGCAUUAGUAAUUACGCAUUGCAAGAGUGAGUGGCUGUUUUGUUUUAUCACCGGAGAACAAAGUGCUUGAUCUUUCUAUGUUGUGACCCUUUCCACUACGAGUUCCCUUAACACCUCUCGUCUGCUUGCGUCUUGCUCUUGUUUGAGGAACAGCAACACUCCAGUCGUGGCCUGACUUUCGCCCGAUACGACUGCACUAUUUUGCGACACUACUGCACCUUUUUUUUGCAUUUCAGGCGGGCAGAAGCCAUCGGCUUAGCACCCUGAUUUGCACCUGAUAUGAUCCAAGAUGCGAAACGCAACCUGUUGCUUACAUAUAAAUACGCGGAUUGAAAAAGAAUCUUUGCCAGAAAGUUAGUACCUGCUUUCAU